AAGGCAGCGGGCAGAGUAAGUGGUGAUUACGAAGGUGUAAGCAGUGUAAGCUGUUGUUUUGGAUUGAUUCAGAGUGAUGAUUUCAAGGGACUAAGGAAAUGUCCACACUUCUGCCAGAGACGGAUAGCGAAGACGAACUUCCACCCGGCUGGGAAGAACGUGUUACCGGCGACGGCUCGGUUUACUACGCUGAGCACGGCUCAAAAAGCACUCAGUGGACUCAUCCUCGGACAGGCAAGCGAAAACGGGUCUCUCCCAAUCUACCGUUCGGCUGGAAAAAGACUGUGAACCCAGAUGGAACGGUUAUGUACGAGGAAUUCUCUGGGCGUACCACUUCAACAGACCCUCGGCUUGCCUUCCCCGUCGAGCAAAGUGGUGCUAUACGACAACGCUUUGACGGAAGCUCCACUGCAAUGCACGUUCUACACGGCCUGGACUUAAGCGGUCGCAUCGCUGUCAUCACCGGCGCAAACACCGGCAUCGGGUACGAAACCGCAAAAUCCCUCGCAUUCCACGGUUGCUCCGUUAUACUCGCUUGUCGCAAUCCAAAUAAGGGAUCCCAAGCUGUGCUUGCUAUAAAAUCUGAACGUGCAUCUGCACAAGUUGCAUUUCUCCCACUGGAUCUAACUUGCUUAAAAAGCGUCCGCGAAUUCGUUACAGCUUUCACAGAAACGCAUCAAAAGUUGCACAUCCUUAUUCUAAAUGCUGCAGUUUUUGGCAUCGCCCACAGUGUGACAGUCGAUGGUUUCGAGAGUAUGUUUCAAACUAAUCACCUAGGGCAUUUCUAUCUCGUGAAACUGCUUCAACCCACCUUGAUGUCAUCAACUUCCGCACGUGUGGUCGUCUUGUCUUCCGAAAGUCACCGUUUCAGUUACCUGUCCCUGAGCAACAUAUCCGAAGACAGACUGUCCUGUCCAUCUGCGUCCAGCUACGUAUCCAUGUUGGCCUACAACGAUACCAAACUGUGCAGUAUCCUGUUCUCGAAUGAGCUCAACCGUCGCCUGGGGGAGAAAGGUGUUAGGAGUAAUGCGGUGCAUCCGGGGAACAUGGUGUCCAGUAGUUUGCCCCGUUACUAUUGGUUUUACCGGUUGUUGUUCAUGUUGGUGAGACCCUUUACAAAGUCGUUACAGCAGGCUGCGGCAACCACAGUUCUCUGCGCCGUUGCGCCAGAACUGGAGAACGUCGGAGGUCUUUACUUCAAUAACUGUUGUCCCUGUAAGACAUCGGCAGCUGCGCAGGACGAACGUCUAGCUGCCAAACUCUGGAACUUAAGCGAAGCUAUGUUGGAGAAAGGACUCAACAGAGAAGCCCAACGGAACAGCUCGGGAUAAGGCAGACUCAAACGAUGCACGUUUUGUACAUCGUGUUAAAGUUGAUGUUACGUAAUAAAUAAACCACUAAAUGCCAAU